AGAAACCAUUAUGGCAGAAUACUGUAUGUAUUUUGUUGCUGUUUCGCAUAUACAUAUGGAACUUGACCGAGGUGUCCGUAAGAAGUUUGAAUACAACUUAAAUAGGUUAACGUUUAAUUUAUGAAACAAAAUGGUCGAGGAAUUGCAGAAUAAAUUUCAGAGUGAACUGGAAAAAUUGAAAUCUUUGCAGAAAGAAUACAGCAAAAUGGUGACUCAACGACAGAGGCUAGACGGCCAGCUGAAUGAGAACACGGGCGUGAAGCAGGAGCUGGAACUGAUGAAGAGUGGGGGCGAGGUGUACAAGCUGAUUGGUCCGGUGUUGGUGAAGCAAGAGCUGGAGGAGGCUAAGCAGAAUGUGGCCAAGAGAAUGGACUACAUCAAGAGCGAGCUAAAGCGGCUGGAUGACCUAAUAGUGACGAUGGACAAGAAGAUGGACGGACAGCGCGAGGCAACCAGCAAGGCUCAGCAGGCGCUGCAGCAGGUGCAGAUGAAGACCGUGAAGGCCUAACUCUUUCCUCCCUCCCAUGUGGCCGCAUCACCCCCAUGUGUUCUGUUCCCAUUAGACGGGCCAUGAGAAUGUUUCACUUUAUCUCAAAUAAGUUAUUUAACUUUUGUGGAAACUUUGUUUCCUUGCCAAAAAAUUUUAGAAAUUGCGUAACAUACAAAUUUAUGAUGCAUGUAAAAAAAUUACUGGCUGAGUAUUGUUUACAUCUUAAUAUUGUAUAAUCUAAAGAUUUAUGUGUUUCUUUAAUAAAUUAACAAGUGUCAUUUGUUAAA